CCCUGUUAUUUACCUUAACCAGCAGUGGAGGAGUGGAGGUCAGACGAAAGCUCUCUAUAAUGGCCCAACAGUGGUUGUUGAAUUUCAUGGGUCUAGUGGUUAUAAGAUCGUUUUUUAUAACUUUAUGUCGCUGUCUGCUCUCAUAAAGAGUAUUUGACUGCGCGCAGGGCGUCUGUCUAGUAAACAAAGAAAAACAAACAUGACCGCGACCAUUUCGGCCGUCGCUGCAGACUCCUCUGGUUCAUCUUUCUCCAUUUCUGCAAGCCUCCUGCGACUCUUUAAACACAUCAAAUAUGAAAAUCUUGCAGCAGGACUCAGUGGAGGUGUUAUUUCCACAAUGGUGCUACACCCCCUGGAUUUGGUCAAAAUAAGGUUUGCAGUAAGUGACGGUCUGCAAAUGCGACCCCAAUACGAUGGCAUGUUGCACUGCAUGAAGACCAUCUGGAAGCUAGAAGGGAUCAGGGGUCUCUAUCAGGGUGUUACCCCCAACAUCUGGGGUGCUGGGGCAUCAUGGGGCCUGUACUUCCUCUUUUAUAAUGCUAUUAAAGCAUACACACAGGAGGGGCGGCAAACAGAGCUGACUGCAGGUGAACACCUGGUGUCUGCCGCAGAGGCAGGCAUUCUGACGCUUUGCCUCACCAACCCGGUCUGGGUGACAAAGACCCGGCUGGUGCUGCAGUACAAUGCAGAUCCUUCCCGGAAGCAGUACAAGGGAAUGAUGGACGCCCUCGUGAAAAUAUACCGUCACGAGGGUAUCCCGGGACUAUACAGGGGUUUUUUGCCGGGGCUGGCGGGGACUUCCCAUGCUGCAUUACAGUUCAUGACCUAUGAGUGCCUGAAGAGGGAGCAGAAUAAAUAUAAGAAGAUGCCAUCUGAAUCACUGCUGUCUCCACUGGAGUACAUCUCCAUGGCAGCCAUCUCCAAAAUAUUUGCAGUGGCAGUAACUUACCCAUACCAGGUGGUGCGUGCUCGCCUGCAGGACCAGCACAACAACUACAGUGGUAUCAUGGAUGUCAUCAGGGGAACAUGGAGCAAUGAGGGGAUUGAGGGCUUUUACAAAGGGAUGGUCCCCAACUUGGUGCGAGUCAUUCCAGCGUGCUGCAUCACCUUCUUGGUGUUUGAAAACGUGUCACGUGUACUGUUGGGCGAGUAUCGCUAAAUCCUCAGGACUUGCAUGUGGGUGCGCACUCACCAACGCAACAAUGGACCAACAAAAAAUACGGCAGGACUAUGUAUGUGUGAUGGAGAAAAGUAGGAAUAUAAAACAUUUCCUGUUUAACUCUAAACUCAGUGUGCAGACAGAACUAGUAUUGAGUGUGUGCACUUAAUGAAAAGUAGAAAAUUGAGGUGCAUAUUCAGUAUGACGGUUUCAGAUUUAUUGUAUUGUUGAUACUUGAAUUUAUUGGGACAUAUUGACUAGUUCACCCAAAAAAUAACAAUUCUGUCAUAAUUUACUCAUUCACGUGUCGUUUUAAACCUGUCUGAAUUUCUUUCUUCUGUGGAUCAAAAAGCAGAGUUGAUGAAAGUGGAUGGAGACAAGGGGGCUGUCAAGCUCCAAGGACAAACAUAAAUAAAUAAAUAAAGCCCCAUAAAAGUACAACUUGUUUUGUGCACUAUUUUCGAAAUCUAAUGAAGCCAUUUGUUAGCUAUGUGUGAGGUACAGAUUAAAAUUUUAAUUAUUCACUGAAAAUCUUAACAGUCAUGGUCACCAUUCACUUUUAUUGAAUGGACAAGAGCAGCAAGAACAUUCUUCUAAAAUUCUCCUUUUACUGUAUGUUCCACUAAAGAAAGUCAUUUGGAUUUGAAAUGACAUGAGGGUGUGUAAAUAAUGACUGAAAUGUUAUUUUUGGGUAAACGAUCCUUUUACGGUGUUACAUUAAAAUAAUCCGAGAGAUUAACGAGUGUCCAUUAUUGUCUCUCAGACUGAUGAAUAUUAGAGUAUAAAAGAGUGUGAUCAUGAUUUCAAGCUGUCAGUGACAAGAGGACAAGAACAGGUCAUGGUAAACUGGUUCAAGCCAUCCUGUGACAAUGCAACCCAACACCAUAUUCACCAAACACGUAAUUCUUUUAAGAAGAUGUUUGUCUUUUUAACGAUAUUUUCAAAAAACAGCUGCUUUAUUUGUUUAGCUAUGCGAGAGAAUGAACUCGUUUACCUUUAGUCACUAAGCAAAUCUCCUCUGGCGUAUGUGCCCAGGACGAAACUCACUGGGCAUGCUCAGGAAAUGACAUAAUGCUACAGGAUAAUAGAACACAGGCCUGACAGAAACUGAUACCUUACUGGAGGACACGAGCAUAUUUUAAACAGAUGUCUGCUGAAUUGAGAGGAACAUUUUAACUGGAAGACAGAAGAUAAUCCAAUGCAGUUUUGUAUAGACUACAGCUUGGAAAUUCAAAAAAAUGUGCAGUUUGCAUAUGUGUAUCGUAAUAAAUAUCGAAUGAUAUGAAAAGAAUAUUGUGAUAAUAUUUUUGGCCGUAUCGCCCAGCCCUAAUAUAGAGUCAAAUUUGAGCUCUUUCAAAAUCUGCUAAUAAAUCGCAAUUAAUUAUGAAAUAUUAUGCAAGUAAUCGCGAUUAAAAAAUCGAAUCAACUGACAGCACUAAUAAUCAAACCUCACAAACUUUUGUUUGAAAAGUGUGUUUGUGCGGUCUUUAAAAUAAAUGUCAUUUGCUUUGAUAGUUUGUUUUCUAAUGCAAUGUUAUUUUUGCAUUUUCUAAAUGCUGCUGUAGUGUCCAAUUACUUUUUGGGACCACUGUAUUCUAAACUGUAAGAACAAUAAUCAGAUUUCUUAUAAUAUUGAACACUCAGCACAACAGCUGCAGAACAACUUUAUACCACACCAGACAUUCCAAACCUUAGUCAUUCUACACACACUUUUUCCAGGAUUUUCCA